CUUCCUUUCGCAUCCUACGAUGCAUCUCUGAAUACCUUCUGUGGUACACACAAUCUCUGCUUCCGUCUUUCAUUCCUUAUAUAUUACUCGAGUACCUGUAUCAAAUUCGCCCUCGCGCACAUGCCUAGGAUCUCAACUCGAGCAUGUCCAUCAAGGAGCCAGUUUCGCGCCACGAGAAAGUUUCUUCAACAGCACUUUUACGUUUGGUUUGGCUGGAUUAUCUUGGAAUCUUCUCCUUCGUUCUCUUUACUCUAGGGAUCUGGAAAAUGCCGAUAUACUAUUUCGACGAUAGAAUAGUGCCCAUGUCGCCCUGGGUAUCCGAGCCUUCUUUGGAUUAUGGCCUUGCAAGCCUUCGGCCUCCCAUAGAAUUGGAUUAUCCGUGGAGACCUGAACCGAUACCUUCAUGGGCGUGUGGCGUCAUAGUAGUCUUGGUUCCGCUCAUUAUCGUUGCGCUAUUCCAGCUCAAAUCGCCAGGUCUUUAUGAUUUGCAUGCCGGUGUCUCGGGUGUGCUGAAGGCUGUUGUAGCGACGUAAGUUGCAAUUUGCAUAGAUCAUUUUCGCUAGGGUACCGCUGCUGAUCGUCUCUCCAUGAUCAGGGCAUUUGUCUGUACGGUCCUCAAGCAAGUGGUUGGUGGGUUUCGUCCACAUUUCAUGGACGCUUGUAAACCGGAUCCAAAUUCGAUUACAAAAGAGCCUGGUCUGGAAAGAUAUUGGCUUGGUGUUAUUGCGUGCACUGGCGACCCCUAUGAAAUUAAAAAGGCGUAUGUUGAAAUUUUGGAUGCGUAGAGCCCAUGGAGAAACACUUCUGACGUUGCUUACAGCCUGCAAAGCUUCCCCAGCGGACACGCUGCGAACUCUUUUGCUUCUGGGUCUUUUACAAUUCUCUACUUAAAUGCCAAAUUGAAGACUUUUUCGGACCACGGAUCCCAUUUUUGGAUCAUGAUGGUUACCAUCUCUCCACUUCUAGUAGCAUCACUCGUUUCUGGGAGCAUGUAUACUUCCUAUGUUAGUGCCAUUAGUCGAAAGCGGCUAAGAAAGCAUCUGCUGACCUUUUGUCUAAACAGCAACACCAUGCGAAUGACAUCGUCUUUGGCAUGGUGAUUGGACUUUCAUUCGGUAUUCUCGCAUACCGUUCUGUCUAUACUUCCGUAUUCGACUUCCGCCGCAACCAUAUCCCUCUUAUGCUGCCAAGCAGACCGAUCGAAAGUUCAGCCACGGCCCCGAUACAGCAAGACAUGUCCGCAAAAGAGGUCGAGGAAAGAUCCGUAUUGAGUUGUGAUACGUUUUCUUGGACGCGUUGGGGACAGCAGAGGUUCCACUUUCGAAGCACUAACAUACCUCUGUCGAAAAAGAAUGAAAAUGGAGCUGAGGUGGAACCAAUUUGUGUUCCGCCAGUGGUAAAUUGAAAUACUGGGGUGGCUUCUUCGAGUUCCUUGUUCCUGUAUGAUUUGGAUAAAUCACUAGACGGUUGGAUUAACUAGAAUCGGAU